AUGGCUAUCCAGGGACAGAAUGCCGUGCAGCCUGUUUUUCAGCAGGAGCAGGAGAAGGCGGUUGCAGAAGAGACAACGCCAGUCCCGUUAGAUGAUGGCUAUCCAGCCACUGACGUAGGCGUGCCUGCGAUGAUGCAGCUGUUUGGUCUUUCUGUCGUCGAGAUCACGGCCUGGGGUCUCGGAUACUCUUAUGGUGCUCUGGCAGACUACUUUUAUAACAAUCCCCCAUUUGAGGGUAUUGGGUAUGUUUCUGCGGCCGGUAUGGUUUCCAAUGGUGUCUUGCAAAUCGUGCUGCCAUUCAUCAUCUACUAUCUCAACUACUUUCAAAGCCACCGGAAAGCUACCAUGUGGCUAGGAUGCAUCAUCUGCACUGUAUCUCCAAUAGGAGCUGCCUUCUGCAAAUCGGCUCCUGGACUACUCGUCUGCCUUGGCCCUCUGAAUGGAAUUGGAUCCUCGAUGCUCUUUGCUCCUUCCAUCGCGUAUGUCGGCGACUGGUUUGUUCGCCGCAAGAGCGGCGCGUACGGUGUAAUCUGUGGUGCUGGUGGCCUUUCUGGAGCAGUAUUGCCCCCAAUCUUCUCAGUCUGCCUCGAGAGGUACGGCCACAAGGCGACACUGGUGGGAUGGGGCAUUGCGUCGUUUGUCUUGACGGCGUCUGCUCUGCUCUCCAUUCGCGCGCGCACGCCGCCCCCGCCGCGAUCGAAGCCAUCCUUUAAGGAUUUUGACUUCUUCAAAAACCCCGUCGCCUUCAUUUUCAUUGCUUGUCAGUUUAUUCAAGCGACUGCGCAUUACCUUCCCUCUACCUACCUCCCACAGAUUGCCACCGACUACGGCAUCUCCGCUACCAAGGCCGCCACAUUAACUAGUCUGAUCAACGUCGCCACCGCUAUUGGGCAGCCACUUCAAGGCAUACUAGCUGACUAUCGUACGUCUUUCUAUAUUCCUAUGCUGAUCAGCACUGCCGGCAGCUGCAUCGAAGCCUUUGCCAUUUGGGGAAACGCCCAUGUUUAUGCUCCGUUGAUCAUCUUUGCUCUCCUUUUCGGUGCCACGGCUGGUGGAUACUCGGUCUUGCGCCCCCGCUUUGCGGCCUUUAUACUUGGCGACCAAAAGGACAACAAGGAGAAAAGCUUGCUCAUCUUUGGAGUGCUUACAUGCUUCCGUGGUGUGGCCAUCUUGUCGUCCGGCUUCAUCGCCGAUAGGCUCGUCGACGAGAAUAAGCCGGUCACUGCUUCGUACGGCAGCGGCAAGUGGAUGCCAGUUAUUGUGUUCACGGGCGUUGCCAUGUUUGUGUCCAGCUUCGGCGCGCUGGCCAAGUUCGUUGACCCAUUCCGGUCCCGGCGCCACAGGAGCGAAAUUGUCAGCGAUAGCGACCGGUCGGACACGCAGCCCUGA